AUGAUCAAGUGCGUGUGUGUCGUCGGCGCCGAGAACAAUCCUCUCUUCUUCUCGGCCGUCGGCUCCGCCGCCGACGAGGACCCCGUCAGCCUGCAGCAGAUUUGCCACUGCAGCCUCGACCACUUCGACCAGCGCGCCUCGGCGCUCGGGGCGCAGCAGCCGCCCACGGACCCCCUCCUCGGAGUCCUCCUCUACACACACGGCUCUGAGGCACACGGAUACCUGACGCCCACGCAGCUCAAGAUCGUGGCUGUGCUCGACUCGGCCGCCGCCUGGAACCUCCCCGCGGACGCCCUGCGGCCCUUGUUCGAGGCUGUGCACGCCGCGGUGGUGGACGCGCAGUCGGACCCGUUCACGUCCCCGGGGGAGCCGAUCCGGUCCCGCGCGUUCGAGGCAGCGCUCGAGCGCGCCGUCGCGAGCGUGGGCGCGCCGGACGCGUCCGCGAGGUGA